AUGUUCCUAUUUCUGUCCCCUCUGGUGGUGGUUAUUACAGCCCAGUUGUCUACCUUUUCGUUGGAAGACCUCUGUGUUCUUUGGGAUCAUCUCAGAUUCAAUCUGAUAUCCGUUAUAGUAUGCUCGGCCCUCUUGGUUUUUCUAUCAACGGUGUAUUUCCUCACGCGCCCUCGUCCUGUAUAUCUUGUGAAUUUCUCGUGUUAUAAGCCUGAAGAUGAUAAGAAAUGUAGUAGGCAGGCUUUCAUGGAGAAAUCACGGAUGACUGAUUCGUUUACUAAGGAAAACAUUGAGUUCCAGACGAAGAUUCUUGAGAGGUCGGGACUUGGUGACUCGACUUAUCUCCCUGAUGCUCUGUUGAGGGUACCACCAAAUCCAUGUAUGGCAGAAGCUAGGAAAGAAGCCGAAGCUGUAAUGUUUGGUGCCAUUGAUGAGCUUCUUUCCAAAACCUUUGUAAAACCAAAGGACAUUGGGAUUCUGAUUGUGAACUGCAGCCUGUUUAAUCCGACUCCUUCUCUGUCUGCUAUGGUUAUUAACCAUUACAAGCUCAGGGGAAACAUAGUGAGUUACAAUCUAGGUGGGAUGGGUUGCAGUGCUGGUUUGAUCUCGAUUGAUCUUGCAAAAGAUCUUCUACAAGUUCAUCCGAAUACUUAUGCUCUGGUAAUCAGCAUGGAGAAUAUUACACUGAAUUGGUAUUUUGGGAAUGAGAGGUCAAUGCUCUUAUCAAAUUGCCUUUUCCGGAUGGGAGGGGCCGCCAUUUUGCUGUCAAACAAAUCAUCUGAUCGAUGUCGAUCCAAGUAUCAGUUGGUCCAUACUGUUAGAACCCACAAAGGUUCAGAUGAUAAAUGCUUUUCUUGUGUAACCCAAUUGGAGGAUUCCAAUGGGAAAGUCGGGGUUUCUCUGUCGAAGGAUUUGAUGGCAGUAGCUGGUGAUGCUUUAAAGACAAAUAUUACAACUUUGGGCCCUCUUGUUCUUCCCAUGUCUGAACAGUUGCUUUUCUUUGCCACUUUGAUCGGGAGAAAGCUCCUUAAGAUGAAAUUGAAGCCUUAUAUCCCUGAUUUCAAAUUGGCUUUUGAACAUUUCUGUAUUCACGCUGGUGGAAGAGCAGUGUUGGACGAACUAGAAAAAAACCUGCAGCUAUCCAAUUGGCACAUGGAGCCUUCAAGAAUGACACUUCAUCGAUUUGGUAAUACCUCGAGCAGCUCUCUUUGGUACGAAUUGGCGUAUUCAGAAGCCAAAGGGAGGAUUAAGAGGGGAGACAGGACAUGGCAGAUAGCCUUUGGAUCUGGGUUCAAAUGCAAUAGUGCAGUGUGGAAAGCUCUUAGGACUAUAAAUCCUGCCAAGGAGAAGAACCCUUAG